UAAUUUAUAAUAAUUUUCCAGUCACAAAACCUAUUUCAACAUCUUAAAAAAAAACAUGAAUGGUCAGUUAGUUUUUGACCAGACGGAAGUAGUGACCUCCAAGAAGUUUCCCAUUGAAUGUUAUAGUUCAUCUUUCUACGCCCUCACCAAAAGGCACACUGUUUACUGUUACUGUUUCCCUAAACUCCAGAACCCCAGACUCCUCUUGUCUGAUUUCCAUCACUUAUUUCAGUCUCCAUUUUUGUUCUCUCAGGAAGAAGAAAAAGACUGGCUGCUCUCUUUCACAAUGCUUGGAACUCUACUGUCUGAAACAGAAAACUGUCCUAUAUGUCAGAAUCUAUGGCUAAAUAAGUAUUAUCAAGACAAGCAUGGCAAUUUGGCAUUAUAGGUAUAUUAAGUUUGCAUAAUUUAACACGUGCAAAUAUCUGUUAACACUAUUAACGUUAACAUAAUUGUGUGGCUCUUCCUGAAAUAUCACAUGACUACAUAUGGUCCUUUUUAAUUGGAGAUUAAAUGUUAACUUUCUGAAUAACUCAUGUAAGUCUCUGCUCGUGUAGUUUUGUAUAAAUGUCAUGACGCUGAGCUCAGGUACAGUAAAUAUGCAGACAAUGUACUAUGUGUGGCUGAGCAGAUGUGUCCGCGGUGCUGAUGUUGCAGGGAGGGGCGUGACGUCACGGGAGAGACCGGGAAAAGAGGCGAAUGGGGAGAAAGGAAGAGGGGGAAGGAGGAGAAGGGACGCUGGAGAGAGCGGGGGGAUGGAUGCAUCAAAGGAAAACAAAACAAAAAGAAAAAGAAAAAACAGCCAUGGGUCCAGUAAUUAAUGCCACGUUUUCCGUACAUCCCAGUGUUUCCUCUGUUUACCUCCACAGUGCGCCGCAAUAAAUGACGAGCCGCGCCGGCAAGUGUACUCUGGCUUGAGAGAGAUGUCAUCUCCAGGCAUGGGCACCCCCAGCGACCCCCUCUUGGCCAGCCCAGGAGGAAGGUCAUCUACAGCUCAGGAAGGUAUCUGGAGGAGCUCACUGCCUAAAACUGCCAGCUUCCCAACAUCAACCACCCGGCACCUCAGUCACAGAGCCAACAACUUCCAAAGACAGCCAAAGCGUAGGAAGCUGAUACGACCUUCACCACCUCCCCCACCCAACACCCCCUGUCCCCUGGACCAGUUGGACCUCAGUGAGCUUCCCCCGAGACGAACCUUCCAAGAGCUGCUCUUCAACGGCUGCAUCCUGUUUGGUAUUGAAUUUAGCUAUGCUAUGGAAACGGCUUAUGUGACUCCUGUGCUCUUGCAGAUGGGCCUGCCUGAUCAAUUCUACAGCUUGGUGUGGUUAGUUAGUCCAAUUCUAGGAUUCCUCGUUCAGCCUCUCAUAGGAGCAUGGAGUGAUCGUUGCACAUCCCGGUUUGGGCGGAGGAGACCUUUUAUUUUAGCUUUAGCUGUAGGAGCUUUGCUCGGUUUAACCUUUGUGCUGAAUGGACGUGACAUCGGGGGCGCAGUAGCUGAUACAGCAUCAAACCACAAGUGGGGUAUUGUCCUGACUGUGUGCGGCGUGGUUCUGAUGGACUUCAGUGCAGAUUCAGCUGACAAUCCAAGCCAUGCUUACAUGAUGGAUGUGUGCAGUCCGGAGGACCAGGACCGGGGGCUGAACAUUCAUGCACUACUUGCAGGCAGGAAGACAUACUUAUUCCUUCUUAUUACAGAAUGUAUUGCAGGAGAUACAUAUGCAAUGCUUGACAGAUCAUCUUGGGUGAGCAGAGAAAAAUAUCUAAAAUCAUAUCUCAUUUUUGCAUUCUUGUGCCCUUAUCAUUUCCAUACAGGACUAGGAGGAGGAUUUGGCUACAUUGUGGGUGGCAUCAACUGGGACCAUACACAAUUUGGAAAGUCAAUGGGGGGUCAGCUGCGGGUCAUUUACCUGUUUACGAGUGUCACCCUAGUGAUUGCCACAGCCAUGACUCUGACGAGUAUCCCAGAGAGGCCCUUACCAAAAAACCAAACAAACAAAAGCUCCAGUAAAAAACAUCUAAAAAGCCCCAGCCUCCCCCUUCCUCCCUCUCCCCCUGUUCCCCCAGGAGCCGCUCUGGGACUGGAUGAAGAGGACGAGGGGGGUCUUUACAGUUACAAUUUUUCUAAGUCUAACCCAGGUAAUCCUGACUCCUUGGCCCAUUCUUGCAGUGCUAAUGCACGUCUUUGUGCUGGUCUUACCAGCCCCAUAUCACCUCUAAGCCCCCUCACUCCAAAAUAUGGCAGCUUUAUGAGCAGGGACAGCUCCCUCACGGGCAUCAAUGAGUUUGCCUCCUCAUUAGGAACCUCAUAUAUAGACAGUGUGCUCAUAGACUGCUACACGGGUCAGCAGACUCCACAGGGUGUAGGCCAAAGCUCCACCGCCAUGCCCCUGCCACCAGGGGACUCCCCUCCCCUUGAUGAGCCCACACAAACAGCAGGGGACCAUCCGACAGGACAGAGCCAGGCUGAUGGGGGGUCUCGUCCUGAUGGGAACGCUCAGCGUGCAGAGGAGGCUCACCCUGAGGAAGAGUCUCAAUCUCACGUUGCGUCUCAAGUGGCAGCUGGCACUCAGCAUCGGGGCUCUAAUGCGGGCAUCCUGAAACGACCCCAGAGUCUCGCGCUGAUGGAGGAGCCCUUGGCAACCCAGAUUGUGGGGUUCGAGAACGGACGCAGGAGAACAGUGACAUUUAGUCAGCAGGUUGCAAACAUUUUGCUGAACGGAGUGCGUUAUGAAAGUGAUCUAAGUGAGAAUGCGGAGACAGGAGAAUCCCAGAUGUCAAUGAGGCUGCUGUGUAUAGCCAUCUACAGGAUGCCUCCCUCUCUCCGCAGUUUAUGCACUAACCAUUUUUUGGGCUGGUUGUCCUUUGAGGGUAUGCUGCUCUUUUACACUGACUUCAUGGGGGAGGUUGUGUUUGAAGGAGACCCCAAAGCACCCCAUGAUUCUGAGGCUUACCAACGCUACAAUGCCGGGGUCAGCAUGGGCUGCUGGGGGAUGUGCAUCUAUGCAUUCAGUGCUGCUUUCUAUUCAGCCAUAUUAGAGAAACUUGAGGAGCGUUUCUCUCUUCGAACUCUGUAUUUUUUUGCCUACCUGGCAUUUGGUUUGGGCACAGGCCUUGCAACGCUAUCCACCAACCUGUACGUGGUACUCUCUCUCUGCGUCACCUACGGGGUGCUCUUCUCCUCUCUAUGUACGCUGCCUUACUCUCUGCUGUGUGAAUACUACCAGAGCCCUCAGUUUUGCGGCUCGUCAGAGGAGGGGACCAGACGAGGCAUGGGGGUGGACAUCUCUCUGCUCAGCUGCCAGUACUUCCUGGCUCAGAUCCUGGUCUCUGUGGCGAUGGGACCUCUGACCUCACUGGUGGGUGGGGCUCAGGGAGUGAUGUACUUUGCAAGCCUGAUGUCAUUCGUGGGCUGCCUGUACUCCUCUCUCUGCGUGGUGUACCAGCUGCCCCCCCCCGAGGGAAGAGAAGUUGAAACUGAGGUGUGAAUCAGCAUUGAGUGGGAAACCCAACAAAACAGAAGAGCAACUAACAGAGAGAAGAUUCAUGUGAACUCUGGGUAACCGCCAGGAUGGACGUCUUUAAAACAAAGGACUGUGGGAUUCAGAGUCGGCAGCAAGUGCUUUUUGUCACCAUUAGGGCGCAUGCUUAAGGUAGUAGGCUUCUGCUCCACCCGUUAUCUCAGUGUAGCUAUGACCUUAUGGUUUUUAGCAAAGGUCGCCAAUUGAAGAUCUUGAUUUCAUCCCUUUUUAAUCCCGGAAUAAUCUUCAUCAGCAAAGUGGCACAUAGGAUUUAUUUUUAACAUCUGGUGUGCCGUGGCAAGUGUUGAGCCUGAAAAGCUGACUUCAGGGCUUAUAACACGUCAUUUAGUAUGUUAAGCCUCCCAUUGUGACGGUUGUAUUGAGCACCCCAACAUCCUGGUGCCACUGCAGAAUAUCAACUAUGGCCUACUAUUAAAGCCUGCUGGAUCGACUGGAUGCAGACCCUGCUCACGUUUCUAAGGAAACAGUACCUGUAUGGAUCAUGCUGUUGCAGCUUGCUUGAGAAAGAAAUGUUUUUGUGUUACAUGGAACCAUCUAUUGGUCAAUAUUAGCAUUACUGUAAAAGCUACAUUUAAUUCAGGGUUCAUUUGAAACUAAAAUGAUCAUUUUGCC